UGAGCUGAGGGGGACGGCCUGUCUGCUUCUCAUAUGGGACAAGCAUCCUGUGUGGAAAUAUGACGGGCUGCCGUGUUUGCCCACAGACUUGGUGAAGUUCUUUCCCCAAAGCCUGGUUAGGGUUCUGUUCUCACAGUGCCAAGCAUGAAGCUCAUCGGCCGGAGUGGUCGGGACAGUGCCACGUUGCCAAUAAGUAUUUCUCAAGAUUCUUCGUUGGGUACUGUGAAAGUAAAGAAGGGCAAAAAACGACUUGCAGACGUUAAGUCAUUCAGUCUUGAAGAACCUCUGCCGGGGUAUGGUGGUGAGAAAGGAGAGAAAGCUGGAAACUUGAUCAGAUCCAAAACUUAUGAACAGACUUCAUCAUUAAGGACGACUGACGAUGUUCCAGCAGACAGGCGCCGGUCUAUCACUAGCAAUCUACCGAAACAUAACUGUACAUUCCACAAGAUAUUUCGAGAAGUUUCUGAAGAUGAAGAGUUAAAAGAUAGCUUUACUUGUGCCUUCCAAAGAGAGGUCUUGUACCAAGGACGGCUCUACAUCUCCCACUGCCACUUAGCAUUUUUCUGCAGCAUGCUUCGCAAGGAGAUCAAGGUUUUGAUUCCUGUCAGUUCCGUGUCUAUUGUUAAAAAAGCAAAUACAGCUUUACUGGUGCCUAAUGCACUGAGUGUUCGAACCAUUGACGGAGACAAGUAUCUUUUUGGGUCCCUGCGUAACAGAGAGAUGUGCUACCAUGCAGUUCGCUCUGUGUGUCCUAAUCUCCAAGAUGGCAGUACUUGCAACACUCCAUCGGCAUCUCCUGCAGAACCAAGUUCAGAACAGAGCAGCAAAAUUCUGAAUUCCAGCCAUUCUGACCUAGAACAAACACUGCAUGAAUCAGACAGCACAGAGAACUGCAAUAAAGACCUAGAUGAUAUGUUUCUGGUGCAAUCUAACAAUGAACUGGAUGGACAAGCCCAAGAUAGUUUUCUGAAUGGGGAUGUUUGCCAAGAGAAGUUGACUUCAGACAAUGGUCACACACAAUGGGCAGAUCAAAGGGCUGUGAAUACUCUCCUUGUUAUUUAUAUGCUGCUGGUUUUACUUCUGCUCUUCUCAUCAGGAUAUAUUGGGUUGCGUAUUAUGGAGUUGGAGAACCAACUGAACAUCUUGGGUGCUUGGCCAAAAGAAGAUCAAGCUCCGGGAUCUCAAGAUACUUGAGGUGACAACAUUGACAAGAUUGCUAGUCCUAUUUAUUUCUCAAUCUACUUGGAAGUGACUUGUGAAUUAGACCAUGAAGUCUCAAAAUCCUGGUUCAAUUGAAGAACAAAGGGUUAAAGAGUGAAGGAAGAACGAAGACAACCACUCCUUCCAGAGUGACAUUCAGAAAAAAACUGCACUUUGUGUGGCCUGCUAUGGCAAGAUUAGCAGUGAUCUUCAGGAAGUCGUAGCAGAAGUGAGAUGAGGAAGACCUGCUGUAAUCUAUUGUGAACAGUUUGAUCUUCAGCUGGACAGCGAAGUUGCACAAAGACACUUUUUACAGGUUUACUGUUUUCCUUCAACAUGAAUGAGAACCCAUUUAGUAUUUCACACACUCAGGUAUUUCCUAGCUUGUGUCUGUGCAGUAGUGAAUGUCUCAAAGGCAAGGGAUGUGAGUAGAUUCUGAAUAUCUGUAAAUACGUGUAUGUUUUCUCA